AUGCUGAUGACGCCGAGCGUCCUCUUCGAGACCUUCGCCUCUUUGGCGCACGCGGUGAUCUUGGCCUCUGGCACCUUGGCUCCCCUGAGUGCCCUGCAGGCGGAGCUCAGUGAAUCAAAGGCCAUGGCCGAGCGGGGCUUGCUCGAGGGACCAUUGGAAGCCAGGCAUGUGGUUUCACCGUGGCAGCUGUUCGCCGCAGUGCUGCCGGCACUGGAUGGUGCUGGGAAGUCGGAGCCCCUUGUGAGCACCUAUGGGGCCUGGCAAUCCGAGGAGUUUGUCCAGGCCUUGGGCGCUGGCGUUUUGGAGUUGGUCUCGAAGAUCCCGGGUGGAGUUCUUUGCUUUCUGCCCUCCUAUCAAACUUUGGAGCUGGCCAUGCUCUUUUGGCAGCGCGGUGGCCUUUACCGGCGUCUCGAGGAGGUGAAGACCUUGGUCGUCGAGCCCCGAACGACCUCCGAGCUCCCAGAGCUCUCUCGACGCUUCCUCGCAGGUGCCACAGACGGGCGAGGAGCCUUGUGCUUGGCGGUCUACCGAGGGAAGAUGAGCGAAGGCAUGGACUUUGCGGAUGAUUUGUGCCGGGCAGUCAUUUGCAUCGGCGUGCCAUAUCCGCAGAUGAACGACCCGGUGGUCCAAGCAAAGCGCCAAUGGAAUGACUCGAAGCGACGUCGCGGGACCUCGGCCUGGCUGUCAGGUGAUGAGUGGUACGAGCUUCAGGCACAUCGAGCAGUGAACCAGGCCGUGGGACGCGUGCUGCGGCAUAGCCAGGACUAUGGUGCAGUGUUGCUGCUGGACGCCCGCUGGGGCACUGGUGUUCCGAAGGCGCGGAACUUGCAACGCCGGCUCAGCCACUGGAUUCAACGACACCUGGUGGAGUGGCGGUGCACUCCAUCAAGUGAUUUGGGCCGCCGCUUGCAGCAGCACUUCGCUGCAGCAGUCGGUGUAAGGCACGGUCAGGAGAACCUCUCCCCAGUCGCCACGAGGAUCGAGCCGAGCGCUGCUCCGCUCAAGCGCCGUCUUGGGAGCGCUCCUCUGGUCUUGGGUCCGAGCACCAGGUCAGUGCGACGGGAGGUGCUUGGUGCACCAUGUGGAAGCAUUGAAAAUACCUGGCUCCUUCCCUGUGCAGAGGGAUGA